CAAGAUGAAGAAACAGGCCAGUGGGGGUGAGGCGAAUGAGCAAGCAGGGCGCAGGUGCAGCAGAGAAACACCUCCCCCUUUUGUGUAGUAUAACAUCAGUGGGCGUGGUUAGUAGUCCUAUGUGGCUGGCUCUUGUUACAGUAUUUGGGAUACCUGCUGACGUAUAACCACACCUUAUCAACACUCGAGGUUGCUACUUUAAAGGGUUGUAAUGCAUUGCAGUGAUAUACACUUUUUGGGGGGUUUGAUUCAAACCCAUCCAUCCAUUUUUUUUAUACCACUUGUCCGCAUUAGGAUCAUGGGUGAGCUGGAACCUAUCCCAGGUGACUUUGAGUUAGAGGGUACACCCUGGACUGGUCGCCAAUCACAGGGCAUAUUGAGCAGUAAUUAUAUUAAUAACAGUAGUAGUACUUUGGUUCUGGUCUGUGCCUUCCCUGGGAAGUACUCACUCAAUCAGUCAAGCAAGAAAACAACAUUUCACCAAACUUUUUCCAUGAAUGUUGCGUGGUUAACUUGCUCUUUUUUUUAUUUUAGCAGCAACUUAACAACACUUUAAUCCACGUAAUCUCAUGAUGCUUCUCUAAAUCCAUCCAGUCUGUUGAGGCUCUAUAAUUAACAGCCCUGCUUUAGAAAUCUGGGUCACCAGAUUGAAGCCAGAUUGUAGAAGCAUCGUGUAUUACGCUUUUCAAACUGGAAGAAAUGGAAGUCCAAGGCCCGGUGACGUGUGAUUGGAGUAUGGAUUUUUACAAGGACUUGAGAUCAAACCAUCCUGUUCUCAGGAUGCCGGUGAAUUCUGAUCCACGUCCCGGCAUGUGGGGUGAACCAACAGGAGUUAAGCGUUGCGGUUCUCACUCAUUUGCCAGAGAUGCAAGGAUGAGACUUGACUAUUUAAAGUUUGGAUCUCAUCCCCAAGCACCCUGCUGUGGCAAAGAUGGAACAAUGCAUAGUGCAGAGAGUGAAAAAGACCAGGGACUACACACUGUUUUGGACUUAGUGGAGCUUCUUGAAUUAAAGGAGGAUGUGGAGAAUGAAGAGACAUGGCUAUAUGAGUCCCCAAGAAGGCCGGCAUCAGUCGAUGCUGAGUCUCCCCUGAGAUGGUGUAGACGAGUCCUGGAUAACCCGAGUCCUGAGACGGAAGCUGCAUGUCGUUUGCUAAUAAACAAGCUGAAUCAAAGCUCAAGCAGAAGCGUAUUCCACGGACAGCCUGCAGCGCAACACCAUACUGACAGUGCAUCUGUUUAUCCUUAUAUGGGCAAAAGAUCUACAAGCUCUACACCCAAUACUUCCCUCAGUUCAGGUAAUAAUAAAGCUCUGGACAUGCCCCGUGAGUCCAUAACCAGCAGCUAUAAACUACAGGACAUCACAGAUGUUCACAUCAUGGCUCGUAUACAAGAGGACAGUUUACGGCAGGACUACAUUUCCAUGCCCGCCUGCCCCGAGCCACAAGUCAGACUUCGCCAGCAAGUCACCCAGUUGAAGUUGCUUAAAAGAGCUCAGACUGGAGCCAGGACAGACUCCCCCUUGCGGACCAGCCUUCGCUCACUCCAGGCUGUGAGAAACAGUCGAAGUUUGGACACAGACGACUACCUCGCUGCGCAUCAAACAGCAAACGCCUUCCUUCCAUCAGGUGUCUCCUCUUCCAGAAUGGGGCGUACUUGCAAGUCUUCAUCGCUUCCGGCAGCACCAAUGAACUCCAAGGACUCAUCAGCGUCACACUCUGAGAAACGCUUGCCAGUGCAGAAGACAGCCAUGAGGGAAGUGCAAAGGUCUCAGUCGCUCAGCCCCUGCAGGCUUCCCCACUCUGCGAAGAGAUAUCUGUCUUUUACCUCAUGUGUUUAUGCAUCACCUGAGAGGCCAACCACCACAGCUUGGGGCAGCAAUGUGCCAUCCACUCGACGGUAAAUGUUUACAGCAGGGCAUGUACGGUAAAUGUCCAUUGGAGGUUGGCUCUCUUUAAACGCGGGCAUGAUGAGGAUGCUACAGCACAGUAUGAGUUAUUUCUCAUGACAAAACUGUUUUACAUGCAGCUAUGAGAUAUGCUGUUAAUAUGUCGUUAUAAUCUUCACUUACUUUUACUCUUUAGCAUUGUAAAUCAGCACUCAUACACAAUUUCUUUGCAGUUUCUAUGUUAUUCUGAAACAUGUGUCAAUAGAUUUACUGUAAUCCCUAAGGUUCAUAAUAUUAGAGGGCGGUGCAGUUGUGUAUAAUGUAGAUAAACUAAGCCUCACUUAAUAAACGUUUUUUCAGAAGUAUAAACGAUGUUGUUGCUUCAUUUAAAAAUUGUAUUUAUGCCAAGGAAAACAACGUCCAGAAGAGGGGAUGCAGCAAAUACGAACAGUGUAAAAGCUAAAAAGAAUAAUUAAAAGGUUUUUGUAAAAAA